UUAAGUUUUACACUGCAGGAAAGGAGAUGUCGACUACAAUGGAUAAUCAAGAGGAUAUUUUGGACGCUCUGAGAGAUUUUGAGAAGAAAUCGCCCGUCGAAAUACCCCCUGUACUGGAGCAGUAUUUAGGCCGUGUCGCAUCAACGGGGGAGACAAUUUUUCCAUGGUCAAGCAUGAAACCGCUGUUUGUGAAAAAACUAGAUGAAGUAAUGCAACAGUUUGAGACCGAAACACACAUGGACAGUUUACCACUGAGCCCAAAUGUUGAAAAUGUUAAAUUUGAUGCCAUGCGAAGAAGAAUAUUGGAAGCAAUCGAUCGAUUUCAUGGAGCGCCAUUUACAAUACAACGAUUAUGUGAAUUAAUUACUGAACCAAAGAAGCAUUAUAAGAGAGCUGACAAGUUUCUUCGGGGUAUUGAGAAGAAUAUUCUUGUGGUUAGUACAGUUGAUCCCUUUGGAAGGAAAAUUGUGUCUGAGUCAAAAAGUUUAGUGAAUGGUUUGGAUUCAAAUGGUCAUACACAGCAGGCAGAAAAGUCAAGUCAAGGAGAGAGAACCUUGACAUGUCCCAAAAUAUCACAUGAGGCCAGCUGGAUUUCAAAUGAAACCACGUCUUCUGUAGCUCUACCCACAAAAGAGGUGAUACAAGGUAGCAUGGACUCAGACUGUGAGCUUGCAGCAGGAGAGGGAUCUGGCAUAGAGAAGAACAUCGGACCUAACACAGGAAAGGUGGAAGAUCAUAGUCAUGACAGUAAUAUCCCUGCUCACUUCAGCAGAGCAAGGGAGACAACUGAACCGUCAGAAAGUUCUUCCCAUCAGGUACCUUGUCCAUCAAACAUUACACAAGAAACCAAAAAAUGGCUAAAUGCCGACUCUACACAACCUUGUGCUAAAGACAGCGGAGAUGCCCUAGUUUUGCCAGAUUCACAGGAAGCACUUCAAAAGCCGCAGCUAGCUCAUUCUCACAAUGAAGAAAAACUAAAAGAUUCCCAUCCACAGAUUCAUUCCGAGGAGACCAUGGACCGUCCCUUUUCUGAGGUUCCAGGUUCAACGCAAACAUCAGAUCGAUCUACAAGUCAAAUAUCAUGGCCUAGUGGUAGUGAGAACCAAGAUACCUCCGAUAACCAGACUGUUGUUUCUUCCACAGAACAAGAUUCAAAACCUAUGGAUGAAGUACAUAAAGGAGAAGAACCAUCAUCAUCAAAGGAAAAUGAGCAGGUAGUUACCCACAGCUUUGAUGGAGCCCUGGUUGGUGCAGGCAGCAGUGGCAGGGAGGCUCAGACAACACAAGAAACCCCAGAGGAAGGUAUUAGCAGCAGUGAGAGUAGUGGAACUCCGUCUCCCCCUGGAGACUCGCAGGAAAACGCAGAGAAGGAACCGGUGUCUGCCUCCGCUCCUCAGCCUAUGCCUGACUCGCAAGCUGUGACUAAUGAACCUCAGGAGUCGAACAAAACUGAGGUCCCUGACACUGUAUCUGCACAGAGCAACCCAACAUUUUCUCAUCUUCAUGAAAAGGGAAGUGAAUCAGAGACCGUUAGUUGUGAUACCACAGACCCUGCGAGUAGUUCAUCAGACAAUACAGGUGUAGCCAUGGAAACAGAGGACAGUACAGCAGUCACAACUGGCUCAUCCUCAAAUAAAGACGAAAACCCUCCUGAAUCAUCUUCGUCAGACAACCUAUCGCCGUCUGACGAACCUAUGGAUCAAGACUAACUACUUUGAAUUUAUCCUGUAGUCCAUUUCAGGUGUGCUCGCUAGACGAGUGGUGGAAAACAAAAGUAAUCACAUGAACUUUAAACUGAAGUUAUGUUUAAUUCUGUUCUCUGCAAGAUGGCCUCCUCCCUUGCAUACUGAACAGUAAAAUGUAUUUGCCAAAAUUAAACUGAUUUUCUUUUGUCCCCCAAUAGGCUGAAAUCAAUAUUAUAAGUUACUGGAUACAUUUUUAAGCAAUCUUGAUGAAAAUGGAAUAAUUCAUCGAAAAAUUUGGUGUUCAUAACGUAUAUAUGUAUAUAUACCAGAAUGGAGAAAGAAUGUUGAUUAAGUAGCUGCUAGUGAAAUCUUCAUCUGGAGUCAUUUUAUGCUACAGGUUUUCCAAAUUAAAAUUCUCUCAGUUGUGAGCUACAGUGAACACCUACCCUUUGUAAUAUAAAUUCAGAAAUUUUAUGUCUGUGAAGAUGCAGUUGCCAUAUAUACAAAUUUGCCUGUGUCCUCCACAAAUUCAAUUUUAUCAAUUGAGCAUUGUGUGUUUAUCACCCCUGUGACGUCAGCAUACAUCCCAUUCCGUCUGUAUCCCCCUAUCCCAUGAAAAGAUCUACGUCAAGAGAAUGUUUUUAUCAUUAUGUAAAUUAUUGUGUCUAUUAAAAUGUAUUGUUUUCCUAAUUAUAAA